GGAAGACUGCUCUUGAUAUUCGCAGUACCAAUAAACUCUUAUCUUAAUUACCACUCUAUUUUCUUGUGCCUCAGCUUGGUAGAAGAGUAGCCAUGGCAGCCGGGUUAGCGAUAACAAGUGAAUACAGGCAUUACAAUGGCAAGUUGACCCUGAUUGUGGUAAUAUCUUGCAUGGUUGCUGCCAUGGGAGGUAUCAUUUUCGGCUAUGAUAUUGGAAUUUCAGGUGGAGUGACUUCAAUGGAACCGUUUCUGAAGAAAUUCUUCCCAGAGGUUUACAGAAAGAUGAAAGAAGACGCGAAAGUCAGCAACUACUGCAAAUUUGAUAGCCAUCUUUUAACCACGUUUACAUCCUCUCUCUACAUAGCUGGCCUUGUAGCUUCCUUCUUUGCCUCUUCUAUAACCGGAGCAUUUGGCCGCAAGCCUUCGAUCCUGGUAGCUGGUGCCUCAUUCCUUGCUGGUUCGGCUCUAGGUGGCGCAGCUGUUAACUUGUUCAUGCUAAUAUCUGGUCGCAUCUUGCUUGGUAUUGGAGUUGGCUUUGGAAACCAGGCAGUCCCACUUUAUCUCUCAGAAAUGGCACCACCAACAUUCAGAGGAGCAAUCAACAUAGGCUUCCAAUUAUGUGUUGGCAUUGGAGUACUAUCAGCUAACCUCAUCAACUUUGGCACUGAAAAGAUCAGAAGCGGUUGGGGUUGGCGAAUCUCCCUAGCCAUGGCAGCAGUUCCAGCUGCAUUACUAACACUAGGUGCUCUUUUCCUACCAGAAACACCAAACAGCUUAAUCCAACGCACAAAUGACCACGAAAGGGCCAAGCUGAUGCUACAACGUACACGAGGAAUGGUGGAUGUGCAAGCGGAACUGGAUGAUCUCAUCGAAGCAAGUAACAAAUCAAAAACAAUCGAUCACCCUUUCAGGAAAAUUGUACAAAGAAAGUAUAGGCCUCAACUUGUUAUGGCAUUAGCUAUACCAUUCUUUCAACAGCUGACUGGAAUAAACGUCAUCUCUUUCUAUGCUCCAAUCCUCUUUCGGACACUUGGUUUAAGUGAAAGCAUGUCACUUUUGUCUGCAGUCAUUAGCACAGGAGUGGUGGGUACUGCAGCAACCUUCCUAUCAAUGCUUAUGGUGGACAAACUAGGACGAAGAGCUUUGUUCCAAAUAGGGGGUAUUCAGAUGUUUUUGUCCCAAAUCAUAGUAGGCAGCAUUAUGGCAGCUAAGCUUGGUGACGUUGGUGGCUUGAGCAAAGUAUAUUCAUAUUUGGUGCUGUUCUUCGUAUGUAUAUAUGUAGCUGGGUUUGCGUGGUCAUGGGGGCCCUUAGGAUGGUUGAUUCCGAGUGAAAUUUUUCCGUUGGAGAUUCGAUCAGCUGGACAAAGUAUUACAGUGGCAGUGAACUUUCUAUUCACUUUUGGUAUUGCUCAGACAUUUCUUUCUAUGCUUUGCUGCUUCAAGUCUGGUAUCUUCUUUUUCUUUGGAGGAUGGGUGAUGGUAAUGACUGCAUUUGUGUACUUCUUGUUGCCUGAGACUACAAAUAUUCCUAUUGAGAAAAUGGAUGAAGUGUGGGGAGAGCAUUGGUUUUGGAAGAGGAUUGUGGGUGAAGUGAGGGAGGACAUUAAGCUGUAAAGAUUAAGGUUAGUGUUGUAGUAUACAUGAAUCAUAUUGUAGUAUAUAUGAGUCAUAGUAUAAAUGUCUAUAUCAUGUAUAAAUAGGCACUUGAGUGUAUAGAUAAGGUACUUGAGUGUAUAAUAUAGGUAUAGAGACUUGUGUGACAAGCUUUAUGCCAAAGGGCAACAAGCAUGGCAGAUUUCAUCAUUGAAUGCAAGUAUGUGGAGCUGCAGCCCUCAAUCAACAAGAGAAGAUUGUUACCAAAUUGAGUUUCUCUUAGAGCUUUCACACUAGCUAUGUAUUCCUAUAAAUACACUCCUUUGUGAGAAGAAUAACACACAUGAAUCUCCAUUCUCUCUGAA